AUGAGCUGUCUCGGGAUUUUCAUCCCCAAGAAGCACCGGCAGCGCUUCGACGAGGUGGUGUCGCAGAGCCUGAUCAGCAAGCUCUGCCGCUCCAAGAGCCAGCAGCACAGCAACCGCCUGCGGCGCAGCCGGAGCGAGGACCACCAGGAGCGCUCCACCCGCGCCAGCUCCGUGCCCCGCAGCCACGAGGAAGCCAGCAAGAGCCUGCGGAAAAGCACCUCGCUCAUCACCAGCAAUGUGGCCUCGGGGGCUGCCCGCAGAACCGUGCGAGUUUAUAAAGGCAACAGGAGCUUCGGCUUCACGCUGCGCGGCCAUGCCCCGGUGUGGAUCGAGUCCGUUCUGCCAGGGAGCCCAGCGGAGAAGGCCGCUCUCAAGGCUGGGGACCGGAUCCUGUUCCUCAACGGUCUGGACAUGAGGAACUGCUCCCACGACAAGGUGGUGUCGAUGCUGCAGGGCAGCGGGGCCAUGCCCACCCUGGUGGUGGAAGAGGGGAUCGUCAACUUCUCCAGCGACUCAGACUCUGCCGACUCCCCGAGCAGCUCCUCCGCCCUCACCUCCCUGCAGUGGGUGGCAGAGAUCCUCCCCUCUAGCAUCAAGAUCCAGGGAAGGACGUUCAACCAGCAGCUGGAGCACCUGCUGACCCCCCCCGAGCGCUACACCACCUGCAAGGCGCUGGAAGGCUUCUUCCAACACCGGAACAUUGACACUCUCAUUGUGGAUGUGUACCCGGUGCUGGACACACCGGCCAAGCAAGUCAUUUGGCAGUUUAUCUACCAGCUGCUGACCUACGAGGAGCAGGAGCACUGCCAGCAAAAGAUUGCCAGGUUUCUUGGGUACAAGUCCUUGGCAG